AUGAACAUCGGUAACCUGCCUGGCUACUACUGGGACGUCGAGAAGAAGAAAUACUUCAAAAUUCUUGCAAAUCAUGUUGUGCCCAGCGACACCAAAUACUCGAAGACCAAUGUUAAGAACGAAGCUAGAGCUACUAAGAAGCGCAAGCUCGUCGAGCGUAAGGAGCACGCCAAGCUCAAGCAGACUGUACGUCGGCCGGUGUAUCGAAACUCUCUGUUGAACGCAGCUGGUUUAGAUCGCGAGAGCGGGUGUCAUUCUACUCAAGACAGCCUGUACUCAUACAGAGAUGCCGCUUUCGUGGAUCAUCUGACCGCAACAACUGAAGACUGGCCAUGCACUGUCCUUCACUACUGCCCCGAGGCUCGUGGAGGAGGCGUUGUAGCACUUAGUGACAUGGGCCGCAGCACCAUAUUUCGCACCAAAGCUCGAAAGAGGGGCGUGUCCGGCUCUUCGAAAUCGAUUGCUGCUUUUCAUUCCACCCUGACGUCUCUCGAUGUGCUCUCGAACGGCGCUAUUGUUGGAAUCGCGCAAGAGCGGAGAUGCGGCUCGAACGUAUAUAUCGGUCCCUCUUGGGAGCUCGAGGCACGUAUAGGCUCUAACGGCAUGUAUAUGAACAUCGGACCGAAUGGUGUCAUGGAUUUCUCUAUCUGGUCGGCAGCCAUGAACCGGGCGGAGGAUCGUAUCGCUAUCAGCAGCAGCGGGAACACGUACUGCCUUGAUCUCUACAAUGAUGCACAAGCGGUAGCCUAUGCAUCUGUACCGCACGAGGGGGAAAGUCGAGACGUGGCGUGGCUAGACCACAAUGUCAUCGCAUAUGGCGAUCGCGAACUCAAGCUGUGGGAUACAAGAUCGUUCGGCUCGGCUACCCGCUUCUCAAGACGCUCAUCAUCUCCGAUUACCGGUAUCUUCUCGCCGAACCAGGAAGGACUUCAGCUACUCGUUUCGGACAACCGACAAAUUGAGCUUCGCGAUACGAGGAUGACUACCAAAGGGGCGGUACUGGCAUGGCCGCAUGCACAUCAAGGUCCGAAGUUACAGGCUGCCGUGCAAGAAGGACUGCAAUGUAUCGCGGCUGUGGACAUCUCCGACAAAGUACAGGUGUAUAGCCUGAGGAGCGGCAGAAGCCUUGGUGCUCUCAAGCCGGCGAAAAUCGCAAACUCCACCGGUGGCCUACAUACUAGUCUAAAGUGGCAUGAUGUUGACAGAGACAUCUUCUUGCAGGCCUGUCGAGGACAGAGCGUUGUGACUUGGCGUUGGAAAGAUCAAGAGUGA